CGUAGGCUGCUGGAGCUGCACUGUUCUGUAGUGGCACUCGCGUGCUUUUCCAAACGCUACGCCGAUAGAAAACCACCUCAAUCCUCUCCUCCAAAAUCCCCUCCCCCCUUCCACCCCUACAAACUACCCACGCUCUCCCACUCUUUUCAUUCUAGUCAAGGCAAAUGGCACUGCCACGACGGGACCAGUGGUACUUUUGCAGUGUGUGCACACAAGUGUAAUCCGAAGCGUGAGUGAGUGCAGGUGGUUUUAAUAUUUCUUUUUUUUUAUCCGUAUGUUUUGGAGAGGAAAAGCGUCUCUCAGGUGGGUGAGAAAUUAUUCCGGGUGAUGUGGUGGUUCGGAGUCAUUCAAGGGGGGAGUGAGUUUUAUUUGGACGGAGAGUUCAAGGACUCUGGGACACAACCACUGGACCAUGAGAAGAUAGUGAGCGCUUCGAGGACAAAUGUACACGUCGGUACAGCGUUUGGGAUAUUCCAAAGAUGUGAGGAAUGAUCACGUGGGUUAUGGUAGGGCUGCUCCUAGCUGCGGAAACUACAUGCGGCAGGAAUCUCGUAUCGGAAAACGAGGUUGGCAGGGACGAGCUGAAAACGAAGCAGAAUGGACUGAAGAGGCCAGCGGACGAGGAAGACACGUAUCGUCUAACGUGCUACACUUGCGUCAACGUCAGCGAUAACCAGAUGUGCAAUAAAUGGGCUAUAGACACACCUUGUCCAACUGGUGGCCGGGUUUUCUGUCGAUCGCUGCAUAUUCUUGACAGUCGUGGCAACAGUGUCUUAGUCAGUAAGAGUUGUGCCAGCAGUGCCGAAUGCGGUCCAGCAUCCGUCGGUUGUGUGCCCGUGGACACUCAGAGAAUUUGCAUAAGCUGCUGUGACAUGAGUUACUGCAACGUCGAGUCACCCACAAACUCCACAAAUGCUAUAUACACACGCAAGAGACGUGGUAAAUCCAAAGGUAAAAGAAAGAAACCAGGUAGAAAUGAUUCUGGGGCAACUAUUCGUCACAUCUCCAAUCUCAGUCUGACGACACUCGUGGCCUCACUCCUGUAUGCAUAUCACUGUUGAGGGAAGAAGAAGUGGAAAAAAGAUCCCCUGAAACUAAAAACUAAUUAAUUAAUUGAUAACUAGCACAAAAUACAAGUGAAGAGGCAAAAAAAAAGAGGAAUUGUUCCAUCUCUUCUUGAUUAUUAAUCAAUUUUAGCCCAUACCUUGUUAAAAAAAAGUAAUUAAUUUUUCAAUUGACGAAUUGAUUAUUUAUUUUGCUAAUUAAUUGAAUAAUGAAAAUGUACAAUCAUUUCCAAUUGUGUUCUGUAAGAACUAAAAUGAUAAAUUAAUUAGUUGAUCAAUUAUUUUUUCAUUCCUUAACGUGAAUCAACGAUGGAUCUACUGUGUUUUCAAACGAGAUCAAUUACUAAAAAAAUACUAAACAAUUAAAUCAAUUAAGAAUAAAUAAUGUAGGUGAAUUAAAAAGAAAACUGAAGCGAAAUCGUUAUUUUGGGAUUUCGGUGAUGGAGAUAACGGUCCUAGGAAUUCAAUUAGACUCAUGCCAAAUAAAUCUAUCGUAAUUGAACAUGAAUAAAUUAAUGGAUUAAUUAAGAAACACUGGAAUGCGAGGGUUUGAAUUGAGGGAUUGGGAAGGGGCUAAUUCGACACAACGCGUACCUAAUGCUGUUUAACUUUUGAGAAUCUAUCGGCUCGCCUACUUGAGACUCACUGCUACUACUACUAAUUAUGUAUACAUAAUGGAGAUAUAUAUUAUAGAUAAAAUACAUUGUUUCGGCAUAAUGUAAUACUGUUGGUAAUGGAAUAAAAGAGUAAUUAUGA